UAUUCAAUAGCUCUCCCAUGUCUAUUGGUACCUAUCAGGGGCGGACUGACCAUUUGGAAACUCGGGCACUGCCCGAGGGCCCGGGGUCAGUAGGGGGCCCCAUGAGAUGCCCCUGGUACCUUUUUCAUAGGCUUUUUUGAGUGUGGGCAAGGACACAGCGGUCUCAUGAUCCCCUAUUGCCUGGGGGCCCCAUGAGUUGUCAGUCCACCCCUGGUACCUAUUGCUCAUAGGACAGUCAGAGCAGAAUGAAAACGCCUCCUACAAGCUUUAACCAGUGCUCAGCAG